AAAAUAGGCAGUUUAAAUCUUAAACUUUUCAAAUAAAUGAUUGUCUUUUUUGAAUCGCAUUUAGUAAAUAAUUUUUUAAAUAAGAAAUAGAUGCAGAAUUUUCAAAUCUAGUUGAGAUCAAUAAGCUGGUAGCAAAAUUAGAUGCUGAUUGCUGAAAAUUAACCAUAAACCUGGUUGAAAAUCCAGAUAUUGAGAGGAUGUGUCAACAAACAACGAAUGUCCAACAGCUAGCAAUAGCCAAGAAAAAUGGAGCUUAGACUCCAUCGACAAUACCAGUGGAAAUAAGAUGGUACUAAUUGAAUAUGUGAACUUGUGACAUGCCUAGUAGAUGAGGUUCUAAAUUCUGUUUGCUCAACACAGUAGAAGUCGUCGAAAUGGAGCAAAAGCCUCGAUACGAAAUAGUUGACGGAUUUCGUUUGCCACCCUCUUUCGUGCCAGAGGUCUUCCGUUCAGCUUGCAACUACAGACCGAAAGAUGACGAAGUUGUAGUUUCCACUUAUCCAAAAUGUGGCACCACUUGGAUUAUGCAGAUAGUGACUACCAUUUUGAGACGAGGCAAGCCAUGCACAACAGCCAAAGAAUAUUUCUCCAGCAAUCCAUUUUUAGAAAUGACCGGAGAGGAAGGCAUGAAAUUAGCAAUGAAGCCCUAUUGCAUCAAAAUACAUCUACCAUUCGAUCGCGUCAAUUUCAAUCCCAAUGCCAAGUACAUCUACGUCACCAGACAUCCUGCUGAUUGUGUCGUCUCUUUUUACCACCACACGCGAUUUUUCCCGAUUUAUUUCUUCACGAACGGUUCGUUCGACACUUUCUUUGACCUUUUCAUCAACGACGGUACCGAUUUCAAUGACUACUACGACAAUCUUCAUUCGUGGUACGUACACAAAGACAAACCAAACAUUUUGUUUUUAACUUUCGAAUCUAUGAAGGCGGACACAAGAGGAACCAUUCUUAAAUGCGCAAAGUUCCUGGGAGAUGAGUAUUAUAAUCUACUUAUGGCUGACGAUGAGAAAAUAUUAAAUGACAUUUUACAUUAUAGCAGCCUAGAUUUCAUGAGGACCACCAUCAACGAGUUCUGGAGGGAAGUUUAUGCCGAUAAACCUCCUACUGAGGAGUACCAAAAAGAAAAUCCUAUUGCUAAGAAGUACGCGGCAAUAAUGAAGGAUGCAGAGGAAAACGGUCAUCACGCUGUUGGAGAAUUCAUUCGAAAAGGUGCUGUUGGAGACGGGAAGUUAGCCCUAUCUGAAGAACAGAGAAAGAAAAUGAAUGACUAUAUUGAUAGAAAAACUGCUCAAUAUCCUGAAUUGAAACACUUUUGGGACAAAAGAUAAAAUGCCUCAACGUAAUUUAUAACAUAGCAACAGAAGUUUAAGAGUUUUGUGUUUGAAUGGGAAACUAUUUUAAUCCUUUAUAAAUCCGUUGAAAGUAUACUUCCCACCUAAUUCAUUAAUUUUUAAAUGUCGAUGGGAAGUUAUAUUCCCAUCUAUGAUUUCAACGACCAUCUGUUGACAGCUUUAGAAAAUAAAAUAAAAUAUCAUUGAAGAAUG